AUGAAUCUGGCCAACAUAGACACGUCCAAAAGGGAUUUCUCAACCCCUGUUCCUGAAUGGGACGAUCAUGGGAAUCCGAUCCCCAACCCCAGCACAGAUUCGCUCGUGGAAUCCAUAGAAUUCACAAACCCUCCCAACAAAAACAUCAUACGGCGCUCCUCUGAUGGUGCCUUGUUACGGCCCACGCGUUCAGUGAAUAUUGAUCCGUUAUCUCCCACUAAUAGCUCCUCGAACUCUGCCGAUCACAUCAACUUUGCGCGACCUUCGCCGAAUAUUGCGCCCCAUAAGCUCAGCUGGAUUCAGAAUGUGGCUAGAAUCCUGAGGAAGUAUCUCAGUUAUAUUGGGCCAGGUAUCAUGGUUUCGGUGGCCUACAUGGACCCUGGUAACUAUUCCACGGCAGUUGCUGCCGGCGCAGCUCAUAAGUAUAAGCUGCUUUUCUCAGUAUUAUUGGCCAAUAUUUUGGCAGUCUUUUUGCAGACUCUAUGUGCAAAGUUGGGAUCCGUCACUGGUCUGGAUUUGGCUCAGAAUUGUAGAGAACAUCUGCCCAGGAAGUGGAAUCUGUUCAUUUACAUUCUGGCAGAGAUCGCUAUCAUCGCUACGGAUCUGGCAGAGGUGGUUGGAACAGCUAUUUCGUUGAACAUUCUCUUUGGCAUCCCCUUGCUUGCGGGUGUUAUUUUGACUGUUAUCGAUGUGUUGAUUGUCCUGAUGGCAUACAGACCCAACGGGCCUCUGUUUAUAAUAAGGAUCUUUGAGGGCUUUGUUUCACUACUGGUGGUGGCCACGGUGGUGUGCUUUGCUGUUGAGCUCUCUGCCGUUGCACCAACGACAGACUUUGGCGAAGUUUUCAGGGGAUUUCUGCCCUCGGAGGAUGCCGUUAAGGGAGACGGUCUCUACCUAAGUUUGGCCAUUCUCGGUGCAACUGUGAUGCCACACUCGCUCUAUCUUGGUUCGGGAUUAGUCCAGUCUAGACUACGUGAUUUUGACGAGAAACAGGGGAAUUAUGUACCUCCUGUGGAACCAGUCAGGAGUCCAGCAGAAGACGAAGAGACUUCUAAGUUUUCCAGAUACUGUGGAAAGGAAGACGACGAGAUCCCCAGCGAGGCUAUCUACAGACCGUCUUUGGAAGCCAUUGAUGAUGCCAUGUCGUACACAAUUGCCGAGCUGGUGGUGUCUCUCUUUACAGUUGCCCUUUUCGUGAAUGCGGCAAUUUUGAUCGUGGCGGGAUCCACGCUAUCAACGCCGAUAGACGAUGAUGAUGAUGGCAAGCUCAACGACUCCGCCGAUCUCUUCACCAUUUAUCACCUUUUGAAGACCCAUCUUUCCAAGACUGCGGGUGCUGUUUUUGCCCUGGCGUUGCUGUGUUCAGGCCAGAGUGCGGGAGUUGUCUGUACUUUGGCAGGCCAAAUGGUCAGCGAAGGCUUUCUCAGAUGGAGCAUUCCACCAGCUGUUCGCAGACUGUUGACCAGAGCUGUGGCCAUUGCCCCGUGCUUGGUCCUGGUUUUGGUGAGUGGUAGGGAAGGCUUGAGUGGAGCGUUGAAUGCCUCUCAGGUGAUUCUCUCGUUGCUGCUGCCUAUCGUGUCUGCACCAUUGAUUUAUUUCACCUGCAACAAAAACAUCAUGAAGGUUGCAAUCAACCCAAAAUUGCAGCAGUACGGUGGGAUACCCAGCUACGAAUUGGAGGAGCUUGGAGACGAAUCGGUGGAAUUGGAGGAUGAAGAGGAGAUCCUAUACAAAGACAUGAGCAACGGAACAAUCACUGCCAUCUUGGCAGUUGGUGUAUGGGGAUUCAUCACGAUUUUGAACUUCUGGCUGUUGUUCAAUUUGGCAUUAGGCAAAGACACUCCGUUGUAG